GUACUUUUCUCCGGUACCAGAUGGACUGAAACUCCCUGGUAGUAUUGCAUAUAUAAGACACAAAUGACACAGUCACUGACAGAAACAUUGAGCAGCACCUCGAGUGACCCAGAGUACAAGCCUGAGAUCAGUUGUCAUUUUUCUCACAAGACUUCAACAAGUAAGGAAUGGCCCCUUACAGUUAUUAUCACUAUGAAGAUUACCAUGACUUUCUGUUCUACGAGUACAUUGAAACGACUGUGGAAAAACCUCAAGAAGAGCAAUCAGCAUUUCAAGUCUAUGCUGCUGUGUGCUGCACCCUCAUCUUCUGCAUCAGUUUGAUGGGAAACAGCUUCCUGCUCUGGGUCCUUCUGAAGGAACGAGCCUGGAGGACCACGUGUGACAUCUUCCUUCUGCAACUCACAGUUUCCAACCUUUGCUUCACCGUGACCCUGCCCUUUAUGGCCAGCGAUGCUCUCCACAACUGGGUGUUUGGGGAGUGGGCCUGUGGAACUGUGAGAGGGUUUAAUAUCCUGGGAAUGAACAGUUAUGUGAUAAUACUCACUGCUGUGAUUUUACAUUGUUAUAUGACUGUUGUUCACGCUUCACGUCUGUCUUCACAGGCCUUCAGUAAACGGCGUGUCCUUGUGGGCAGCAUUGUGAUAUGGCUCGCAUGUGCUGUUUCUAGUAUUAAAAAUUCAGUGACAAGUGCAGUCAUAGAUGUGAGUUUUGGUAAAGUGUGUACAGGUGUAGAGUCACCAUAUAUGAUGAUUGUUAGCAUCUGCUUUGAUGUGACCCUUUUCUUCCUCCUUCCUUUUACUGUCAUCACAUUCUGCUAUGUCCACAUGUGGAUAACUAUUAAACAGCGCAAGAUAACGAGACAGGACCAGCCUUCAAAACUGAUUUUAGGGAUAACUAUUUGUUGUUUUCUUUGUUUGGCUCCUCACGUUAUCACAGUCUUUAUGCAUGCCCUAUCCUUCAUGAACAUAUUUGAAUCCAGACUUGAACUGAUGUAUGGAUGGCAUCAUGCCAUGUUCAUUAUUUACCCACUGACUCACUUCUAUUGCUGCCUGAGUCCCCUGUUCUACAUAUUUGGAGCCCAAAGAUUUAGGAGGCAUCUCCCUGGACCAUGUGAAAGAGACGGAGAUGGGAGUAACAAUGACACAGCAGCAUUCAUCACUCUAGAAGAAAUUUGUGAGUGACAACCAAGCUUUUCAUUUGUGUAAAUAUUUUUAAGAGGCACGACACAGUCUGUUUUUUAACCCGUAUUAUUAAAAAAUUGUCAUUUUCACUUUUA